AUGUCGCCGUUCGUGAAUUCUUAUCUCUUUGCUUACAAUUUUCUCCAAGCUUCUUUAUGGACGAUUUCGCUUCUGAGUAUCUUGAGCAGCUUUUUAUCGAACAAGACAAUCAAUGGCGUUUACUCUUCUGCUGGAUACUUGAUCAGUGUGAUUCAAACUGCUGCAGUUGUUGAAGUUCUUCAUGGAGCCAUAGGAAUUGUGCCGAGUGGAUUCUUGUCUCCGCUGAUGCAAUGGAGUGGAAGAACCCACUUCAUAUUGGCAAUUGUUGGACAGAUCAAGGAGGUCCAAGAUUCGCCGUGGCUGUCGAUAACGCUUGUAGCUUGGUGUCUAGGCGAGAUGAUCAGAUAUCCUCACUAUGCUUUCACUUGCCUCGGUAGAUGCCCCUAUUGGCUAACCUAUCUCAGGUACACAGGAUUCAUCAUGAUCUAUCCAAUGGGGCUAGUGGGUGAAUUGUUGAUCAUGUACAAAGCGCUUCCACAUGUUAAAGAAAGAAAUCUUUACGCGAAUUUCUUCUCUGCUUUCCCCUUUAGCUACUACGAAUUCCUUUGGGCCGUCCUCUUGGUGUACCCGUUCCUUUGGCUAAAGCUUUAUCUGCAGCUGUUCAAACAAAGAAAGUCUAAGCUUGGAAAAUCGGAGAAGCAUCACGGCAAGAGAAAGAGAAUGUGA